UGGGAAUCCUGCCUAAGCCACCCUGAGCACCAAUACGGAGUAUUGUCCGACCAGACAAAUUAAUUUGCUAUGCAGCCUUCUCAGCUCCAAAUGCUGGCCGCCUAUACGACAGGCUUGAAGAUGGUCGUAGUUGAUUCUUGGCGGUGUCUAUAAGAAGCUGUGCGAUAGCUCCGGAAGUCGAGAACUCAAGGCUUUCACUCUUACUUUCUCAGUUCGACAAUACUAUACUCUUUUAGUAACUUCUGCUCCAUAAAAUAUCCAACUUUCUCACUCAACCCAUCAUGUCUGUACCACAGUACGUCGCGAAGGAGCCUCUGGUUCGCGACCUGAGAGAUUUCAUCAGUCGCGACGCAGAUCGCACCAAGCGUUUCAACGAUGCCAUCGCAACCGCCCUCAUCGGCAGCGCAGAGGGCGACGAAGACGAGAUGGCCAACGAAGGCAUCGCGACAUUAGACGACUACCUCCGCUACUGCGACGACCUCCUCCAAUGGGUUCCCAAGGUCAGCAGCAAGGGCGACGAGCUUCUGCAGAAGAUCCUCGUCUUCUACUGGGUCUUCGACCAGCCCGCACUGCGCGGCCUCCAGACCGAAAUUCAGCCACAAAACUCGAACACAGAUCUCAGCUGGCUCUCCUACUGGUUAGUAACAUUCGCCCGCCAACAGGGCUUGUUCCUGGGCACACCCCAGUCCGCCGCAUCAGUGUACUCCUUCUACCGCAACGAGAAGUAUAACAAGGAGGCCGCCCUCUGGGCGGAACCCAAGUCCGGUUGGGUAUCGUUCAAUCACUGGUUCGCGCGCGAGUGGAAGGAUAUCGACUCCGCUCGGCCGCUCGCAGGCCCGAAUGACGAGAAGGUCAUUGUCAGCGUCGCGGACUCGAAGUUCAAUGGCUCCUGGCCCAUCGAGAACGGCAACGUUAGUAUCGACAGUAUCGAGGCGAAGGGGAUCGACUGGCCCAUUGACAAGUUGUUGCAAGCUUCCACGCUCGAUUAUCAUAACGGCACGUUCAUGCAUGCGUUCCUGGGCCCGGCUGACUAUCACCGUCAGCAUGCGCCCGUCAGCGGAGAGGUCAUUGAAGUCAAGAAUAUCCAGGACCAGGUCUACCUUCAGGUUGCCACUGAGAAUGGUCACCUGUCCGGAGACCGCAGGCUCGUCCGGAAUCCCCACAUGUGCUCAAAGCGGAGGGAACGGCUCGAGGGUGAUCAGGACUUCUACGACCUGGAUGCCCCGGAUGAUGCUGGGUAUCAGUGGUGUCAGACGCGUGGACUCGUGGUCAUUCAGACGAAGGAUUACGGGAAGGUUGCGGUGCUGCCGAUUGGGAUGGCUCAGGUUUCUUCCAUUGUUAUGACAGUCAAGAAGGGCGACCAGGUUAAGAAGGGUGAUAACAUCUCUUACUUCCAAUUUGGCGGUUCGGAUGUGGUUGUCGUGUUUGAGAAGAAGGUCACAUUCAAGUCCGGUCUAGUAGCGGGUAAGACGAAGCUCAAUGUCAGGUCAGAAUUGGCGAGGUUUCAGUGAGUGCGAAGGUACGAUAGUAAUACCGGUAUGAAUGAUUGCUUCAGCCUCCUUUUUUUUUUUUUUUUUGCUUUCUUCGUCUUUUCUGGUCUAUUCUCAAUCUGUGAUAUAAUUCCCCGGCUUGAUUCCAAUAGGGACAUUUUCAUUUGCUCUUCUGCGGAUCCUUCGGAAUUGGAUGUAAGCCUAGGCGGAGUUAUGGCCCAGACCUUCUGAUUACC